AUGGACUCCAUCAAGCAGGGUGCCAACUACGUCUCCGAGACUGUCCAGAAGGCCGCUUCCGGUGUUUCCAAGGAGACCAACAAGGAGGUUGCCAAGGACAGCAACGCCUCUAUCGGCACUCGUGCCUCCGCCGCCAAGGAUGCCGUCGGCGACAAGACCAAGGAGUCCAGCCAUGAUGCCAAGGCCUCUGUCCACAAGGAGGCUAUCUAA